ACGUCUGUGAGGCGUUACGUUGAAAAGAUCUGGUUUAAGCAAGCUGGACUGCAGUAAUGGACCGAGAGCAAGCGGCAGUUUUUUUGGGCUUCCUCACUCUCUUGAUGGCUGCCCAUUCAUCUUCAAUCUCCUACUUGUGCACCGUCACUCUGUGCACAUCAACACGUCAACAGUCAUCCGAGUGGUUACCCUAAAACAUGCAGUAUGCAGCCUGCAACUAGCCCCUGAUAUGGUUACCAUAGCAACAGAGAAGGUGACUCCCCGAGGUGUUUUGACCAAGGGUUGCCAUUUGCAGAUGUGUCAAAAGGGUGAAGGUUGCCAUCAAGGCUGCACUGUCCUUGUCUUUCUUUUUUAAUACUUCCUCCCUCAUUCUCUCCUUUCCGCUGGCCUUUUUCUCCUUUGUGAUCCCCCCCCCCCCCCUCCGCGUCACAUCAGGGACAUAUUACAGGCAGUCAGUCAACUGUUCCCUCCUCCUCCCCUCCUCUUCUUUCCUCUCCUCCUCUCACAGGCAGGAAGCAGGAGGCAACCAUGCCUCCUCCGAGAUAAGUCAGGACGCCGGCCGGCUUUGUGUAUGACAGCUGUCUUGUCAUUGCUGCUGCAUUAGUGUAUGUGUGUGUGCGUGUGUAACUCAAGUGUCAAAUAUUCUGCGGGUCGGUGUGUGUGUGACAAAGCAUUUGUGCACGCGCGUGUGUGUUUGGGAGUGAUUGGGCAGCUCUGCCCUUUUCCCCGCUUGCCCUCCCUCAUCUUUUUCAUCCGUCCAUCUCGCUCUCUUCAAGUGUUUGCACAGCAGGCACAUGCAGUGUAGUCGUGAAAUGUGUGAAGAUGGAUAGCUGGAGAGGAAGGCAGCGGAUGUUCCUUCAAUGUGUGUGUGUGUGUUACCUAUGGAUUGAGCAGCGUCAGGCAGUUUAUGUUUGGAGGUAGAUGAGGGCAAAGGAGCAAAGCGGAGGGUUGAACCGUGUCUUGAGGGAAGAUGGUGCAGCACUUCAGUCUUCAUGGAAAUUCCAAGGUCGAGCGGUCGGAUGUGAGCGGGUUGAGCCAAACUCCACCUGCUGUCGACUCUUCGGACGAUGCGACUCUGGAUCCUCAGCGCACCAAGCAGGCCAUCUCCCAGCUGCAGCAGAAGAUCCUCAAACUCACAGAACAGAUUAAGAUUGAGCAGACAGCCCGUGACGACAAUGUUGCCGAGUACCUCAAACUGGCAAACAAUGCGGACAAACAGCAAAGCACGCGCAUUAAGCAGGUUUUUGAGAAAAAGAACCAGAAGUCAGCGCAGAGCAUCCAGCAGCUGCAAAGGAAACUGGAUCACUACCACCGCAGGCUGCGGGAAGCGGAGCACAACGGAAUCCCCCGGCAACCCAAGGACGUUCUUCGGGACAUGCAGCAAGGCUUGAAGGAUGUGGGCGCCAAAGUGACGGGCUUCAGCGAGGGUGUGGUGGACAGCGUCAAAGGAGGCUUGUCCAGCUUCUCCCAUGCCACGCACUCGGCCGCUGGGGCCGUCGUCUCCAAGCCGCGCGAGAUCGCCUCGCUGAUCCGGAACAAGUUCGGCAGCGCAGACAACAUCUCGUCAUUCAAAGACUCGCUGGACGAGCCCUCGGGGGAAGAAGGCGUCGCCGCGGCUCGUUCGCUGGGCACCGCCGGUCAUCACUUCCAAUCCAGUCCCAAGUACGGCAGCGAGGACGACUGCUCGAGCGCCACCUCCGGCUCGGCCGGGGCCAACAGCACGGCGGGGGCGCCCGGCGGCCCCCCCAGCUCCAAGGGAAAUAUGCUGGAGAGGGCUCACGCCUCUGGCGUGGACAUGCUGCUGCAGGAGGUCCAGGAGCUGAGGGAGAGCCAGGCCAGGCUGGAGGAGACUCUGGAUGGCUUGAAGAGUCACUAUCAGCGGGACUACACACUCCUCACGCAGGCGUUGCACGAGGAACGCUUCAGGUGUGAACGCUUGGAGGAGCAGCUGAAUGACCUGACAGAACUUCACCAGAAUGAGAUCUUGAACCUGAAACAGGAGCUGGCCAGCUUGGAGGAGAAGAUCGCCUACCAGUCGUACGAGAGGGCGCGAGACAGUCAGGAGGCGCUGGAGGCGUGUCAGACGCGAAUUUCCAAGAUGGAGCUCCAGCAGCAGCAGCAGCAGGCGGUGCAGUUGGAGGGGCUGGAAAACGCCACGGCCAGGACGCUCCUAGGCAAACUGAUCAACGUGCUGCUGGCCCUGAUGGCCGUCCUCCUGGUCUUUGUGUCCACCGUGGCCAACUGCGUGGUGCCUCUGAUGAAGACGCGCUCGCGCUCGUUUUCCACCCUCCUGCUGGUUAUCCUCACGGCCUUCCUGUGGAGAAACUGGGACGCGCUCUCCGGUUACAUGCAACAAGCCCUGCGGCCCCCGGGAUGACCGCCGCCACGCGUUUAAUUGGGUAUGUGUCACGGCAGGUGACGAAAGCAAAUAGCUAGCGUCGCACGCCGGCUUUGACAAGAGAGCCGCGUGGACGCCUUUGGACUCGCUGAAAGUUGAGACGGGCUCAUUUGGGAAGCGGCUCGGGGUCGACUUGGAGACGAAGAACCUCAGUUCACAAAGGACUGAACUGUUUACAUUUUCUUUCUUUCAGAUCAACUCUUGUGUUGAUUUCCCUUCACAUAACUGCAUUGUACUGUUUCUUAAUUCUAGAUUUUAACAAACACUCUUUGUGAUUAACCUCAUUUUAUUCAGUUCCAUGUAGCAGGGUUCAGGAGGAGGGUUUUAGUCAUCUCACCUCAAACAAACGUGGUGAAAACGCCGCGAUUGGGCAACUCCAACCAAAACCUCAAACCUCAUUUUGCUGCGAUGAAAUGCGGAACCUUGGAGAGUAGCCACGACUAAAGACUUUUUUUCCUCUUCUUCACCAUUUUUUAAUUGCAAACUUGAUGUGGGUUUUAGUUUUCUUUAGAAGUGAAGCUGUUUAUGAAUUCAAAUUUCAAGUGGGUAUGAGCCGCACUUAAGGAGCAAUGCCGGCUGGGAUGGGCUGCACGCCAUGUGAAACAGCUCCUGAACAACAUCUGGUCAUUGUCGAACCUCGGCUGCGUUUGCAGUGUGUGCCUGUGAAAUGAAGACAAAUGGCAUGUGAGUCAGAUGUGUUGUUCAAUACAUAAGAAAAGUCCAUUGUCUCAGUAAAAGCAAUUUCAUGUUCAAAUUGGAUCGCUCGUGCCAGGCUGACCUGAGCCCAUUGGCGCUUAUCUGGCUCCAUCUCAGAUAUGCCGGGAGGCUGCUGCUGCUGCUUUGUAUCCGCAGUGCGCGCCGUUUCCACUGUCAGUCCUGUUAAAUCUGCCCAUUUUGGAGCGUGUCCUUUUCAUCACGCACUCUCCUGCUUCUUAUCUCUAUGCUCGUCGUGCUUUAUCUUAAGGCGAAGUCACCCUGCGUUGCCAAAGCUGACUCAGGCCAGGCCUGCCUGACAGGAAAACCAGCGGGUCUGUUGUGAACGGCAACAUUUUAUUUGAUGGUGAUGACGCUAUUUGAAAAGGCGGGCGGGGCGGUUUUAACAUUUGGACUACGUAUGUGAAGUAUUUUGUAAUAUUUGCCUGCCUUUUUUGGUCCUGUCACUGAAACGUCAAGCUGAGCUAGCACUCUAAAGCGGAUGAACACGCUGGCACUUUAACACUCAACUCGAUAUAGUACAGCUCCGGCCGAUGGUUUGUCGAGAAAACCUCAUAAGGAGGGCACUCAGGUCGGGAUCGCAUGAUGGAAAACCCCUAUCUCGAUUCCAAAAGUUUCCGUUAGGGCGAGUUGUGAGUGAGCCGUUUGACCUUGGCUUGACCUUGACGUUGGUUUACAUGAUAAACUACUCCUGUGCCUUCUGAUAUGCUUUUCCAAGUGUGAAGUCAAUAAAAAUGCAUUCCUGGCUAA